AUUAAAGUAAGUAAGCAAAAGCAAGACAAUGUUUUUAAAUUACUAAAACUUAAACAAUACUUAAUAUUAAAUAAGUACAGUUUCAUUUAGACAUAAGAGUUUUACAGCAUUAAUAUCACUUUUUUAACCCGAUGUUUUUCUCAUUAGAAAUACCUAUGUAAAGGACUCCUUUAGUAUUUUUAAAAGUGUAAUGUGAAUUGUGAUUAAAUUAAAUGGCUGAUGAAAAAUCAAGUGAUAGUGUACCCCAGACCGAAUUGUCCAGCGGAGUAGAAAAUCUUAAAAUUGAAAACGGACAAAAAGAAAAUGGUGAUACCAAUAAAACAGAUAAAGUGAAAGUUGAUAUUUUACUGAAGGCGACAGGAGAUGCCCCCAUCAUGAAAAAAAAGAAAUGGGCUGUAGAUGCUGAAAAACCUAUAGGAUGGAUCAUAGAAUUUGUCAAGAAAUAUCUCAAACUGGAGCCUGAUGAGAAACUGUUCUUGUAUGUGAACCAAACAUUUGCACCAUCACCGGACCAGAUUAUCAAGAAUCUUUAUGAAUGUUUUGGAACAGAUGGUAAAUUGGUGCUCCAUUACUGCAAGAGUCAAGCUUGGGGCUGAUGAAACAAAAAUGUGUCCAGUUCCCUCAUUUUAUGUCAUCUAUUCUUAUGUUAUAAGGAAAAUUAUGAAACAUAUAAUUUUGCAUUUUAUGACAUAAAACAACCAAAAA